CAUUCUCUAAAAAAGAGUUAUGCUGAGGAGGCUGGAGGUUCAAGCAGUGAUUUGGAUUUAACAUGAUCUCUACCGAGGUUCAGCUAAACCAGCAAAACCAGGUGAAUGCGGAUGCCAACAGGCUGAGCCAUGCUGGAUCUCGGCCUUCCCUGUCCCACGGCGGCCCACAGUAUCCUCAGAUAGCCAUGAACAGCUGCAAGUACAAUGGGGGCAUAGUCAGACCACUCGGCAGUCUGGGGGCGUCCCGGAGGAACCUAGCAGAGCUGUACUCUGAGACACAGCCUUUGCAGACCCUGCACACUUCCGGCCUGGAGGUGGUGGUCUCCAAAGGGAAUGGGGAAGACCCUAGUAAGCAGUCCAGCGAGAACCUUGUGAGGCAAAGACCAUACAGCACUCCGCAUAAGAAGAACAAGGACAUUGGCUAUAAGCUCGGGCACCGGAGGGCGCUGUUUGAGAAACGCAAGCGCCUUAGCGACUACGCCCUGAUUUUUGGAAUGUUUGGGAUUGUUGUCAUGGUGACGGAGACCGAACUCUCCUGGGGUGUUUAUACAAAGGAAUCCUCAUAUUCAUUUGCACUGAAAUGCCUUAUUAGCCUCUCCACUGUAAUUCUGCUCUGUCUGAUCAUUAUGUACCACGCAAGAGAGAUUCAGCUCUUUAUGGUUGACAAUGGAGCAGACGACUGGCGGAUAGCCAUGACGUACGAGCGUAUCCUGUUCAUCGUUUUGGAGCUGCUGGUGUGUGCCAUCCACCCCAUUCCAGGUCAGUACGUCUUCACCUGGACCGCCCGCCUGGCCUUCACCUACACCCCGUCUGUGGCGGAUGCAGACGUGGACAUCAUCCUCUCCAUCCCCAUGUUCCUGCGGCUGUAUCUGAUUGGCCGGGUCAUGCUCCUGCACAGUAAGCUCUUUACGGACGCCUCGUCACGCAGUAUCGGAGCCCUCAAUAAGAUCAACUUUAACACACGCUUUGUCAUGAAGACUUUGAUGACUAUCUGCCCAGGCACAGUCCUGCUGGUUUUCAGCAUAUCAUCAUGGAUCAUUGCUGCCUGGACUGUGCAUGUCUGUGAGAGAUACCACGAUAAAGUGGAAGUCACCAGUAACUUCUUGGGAGCCAUGUGGCUGAUCUCCAUAACCUUCCUGUCUAUUGGUUAUGGAGACAUGGUGCCUAACACAUACUGUGGGAAGGGAGUGUGUCUCCUUACUGGAAUCAUGGGGGCCGGUUGCACUGCCCUAGUGGUGGCUGUCGUAGCCAGGAAGCUAGAGCUCACUAAGGCUGAAAAGCAUGUCCAUAACUUUAUGAUGGACACUCAACUCUGCAAAAGAGUGAAAAACACGGCUGCUAAUGUACUCAGGGAAACAUGGCUAAUCUACAAACACACAAAGCUUGUGAAGAAGAUUGACCAUGCCAAGGUCCGGAAACAUCAGCGCAAGUUUCUGCAGGCCAUUCACCAAGCUCAGAAACUGCGAAGUGUGAAGAUGGAGCAAAGAAAGCUGAAUGAUCAAGCAAACACACUGGUGGACUUAGCAAAGACACAGAAUGUGAUGUACGACCUUGUCUCAGAGCUGCAGGAGCGCAGUGAGGAGCUAGAAAAGCGGAUCGGUCACCUAGAGGCAAAACUGGACUCCAUAAACAGCAGUCUGCAGGCUCUGCCUGGCCUGCUCUCACAAGCCAUACAGCAGCAACAGCAACACCUGCUGGACGGGCUGACCCAGCGUGGGUUCACUCUCACACGACCCUCCUCGCAGACCUCCGAACGCUCCUGGGCAUCAUCCGUGCACCGGCGGAGAUCACCCUCUACCGCACCACACACGUCCUCUGAUAGCGGCUAGUACGCUCUCACACAAACAAAACCAUACUCUAAACCUACACACACACUCCUACACACCUCUGUCAUCAACUAACACUGCUAAAUAUACUUUUAGUACUAAAACGUUAACAAGAAUGACAACUCCAACACACUGGAAUGAAAUGUAACGAAUUAACACAUCAUGGUAGAGAUAUGGUUUAUGUUUAGCCAUUGUAUGGCUGUUUAAAGUUAGCUUUUUUGUAAAGCCCUUGUAUAGUAUGGACUGGAUUCAGACUGCAGGGGGUGGAAUGGAUUUAUAUAGAGAGAUAUAGUUUGGAAACAGAAUUCAAUGGAGCUAAACCCAUGGAAACAAAGAGGACUGAGAAGGAAGGAAAAAUGCUAGGGAGGGGAAGUCACCAGACAGGCAGUGAUUACAGAUAUAGGCUAUGUUCUGAAUAGCAUACCAGCAUGCUACUUACUCUCACUGCAGUAUAUAUUUGUAUACAGUGUACAGUAUGCACAUUUUCUGUAUGCAUUAAAAUGCCCUACGACAUUUGUUAGAGAACACUACAUUGAAUACUGUAUCCCACAAUGCAAUGCGUUCGACUUUUCCUUUUCAGCAUUAUUUUUAGCAGUAGUUUUUAGCAUAAAACAUUUUGACAUUAAAACAAGACAAUUUUCGCCCAAAAUUGAAUGAACCCUCAUGUGGUCCUUCAUCAUU